AUCUAAACUCUUGACCACGAAAUACAAACAUUGAAACACUGCAGUGUAGACACGAGAGGCCUCAACAUAACCAGACGCAGAGUCUACUCUAAUCUUGAUUUCUAUUAAGUGAUUUUUAAAUCAUUAGUAACAUGAAGUAUGCAUCCAUUGCAAUUGACAGCAUCGUUGAACACAUGUCUUCGUUAUCGCUGUAAGUCUAUCGGUGCUAAGAUUUUUCACCGCACUUUCACUAAGGAAGCAGAAAAUGGUGGAAACUUGCCUGUAUCUGCACCAAUCAUACAACAGGUUCUCAUUGAUAUGAAAAUGCCUCUGGAAAUAGGCAAUGCCAUGAUCAUCACUCAGUGUCCAAAGAUAUUCAGAACCGCACAAGCAGGCAAUUACAACAAAGUCUAUAUUAACUCUAUAUCAGGUCAUUUUGUCUGUGAACACUGUAAUAAGCAAGGGUCCUGGUCAGACCUUCAAGACAAUCUCACAAUGAUUAAAACCCAGAAAAGAAAAUCUACCUUUGAGUGUUUCAAAGACCUGGAGAAUGUCAAGCCAUAUCUAGUAGACAGUUCACAAGCCAAAGACACUUGGAACAGUUGUGUCCCUUUUGGUGACCUGGAAGUAGAAGAAGCUACAAAAGUCAAAGAAAUGUUUGGGUUAGAGAAUCUCAGUGUGGAAACGUUGGACAGAUUUGGCGUGCGUUGUGACCCCAAGCAACAAGUUGUGGUGUUUCCCUCAUUGGUCAACAAUGUCAUCACUGGGGUCAAGAAACUCACCUUUCACUCUAAUGUGGAUGAAGCAUCACAAAAUAUACGUGAGACCUACAUACCAAGGUCAGGUCCAACUAGUUUGUUUGGCCUCAAUACAGUGGACACCAGUGUGACAGAGGUUAUAUUGACCAGCAGUGAGAUUGAUGCUAUGACAGUGUACCAAGAGACUAAGAAGCCAGCAAUAUCAUUGCCGAGAGGUUUCAGCUCGUUACCUCAAGAAGCUCUUCCUUGUCUGGAGAGAUUCAAAGUGAUAGUCUUGUGGUUUGGGGAUGACAUCAGAGCAUGGGAAAUGGCCAAGCAUUUCUCCAAGAAACUCAACAGUAAACGAUGUCAUGUGAUCAGACCAAGUUUAGAAGAGCCAGGUCCAGUCACCGCUUAUGCCCAAGGUAUCAAGCUGACCAGUGUCCUAAACAAGGCUAGACCCAUCAGUCAUGAUUCCAUAGUGAACCUCUCGCACCUCAAGCAAGAAAUUUUAGCACAACUGAUGCACACAGAUCAUGUGGCAGGGGUUAAGUGGAAAAGAUACCCGGUCCUAAAUAAACUGUUGAAAGGCCACAGACGAGGGGAGCUCACUGUAUUUACAGGUCCUACUGGCUCAGGGAAGACGACUUUUAUCAGUGAAUAUUCUCUGGACCUCUGCAUGCAAGGGGUGAACACUUUAUGGGGAAGUUUUGAAAUCAACAAUGUCAAAUUGGGUAAAAUGAUGUUGACCCAGUUUGCCUUGAAAAAUUUAACAAAACAUCUGGACAUGUUUGACUACUAUGCUGACCAGUUCAUGACGCUGCCCAUGCACUUCAUGACUUUUCAUGGCCAGGAAAGUCUUAAGAAAGUUUUAGAUACGAUGUCUCAUGCUGUUUAUGUCCACGACAUUGGUCAUGUGAUACUGGACAACUUACAGUUCAUGAUGGGUGUGUCCGGCUCGGAGUGGUCUGACCGCUUCAUGAAGCAGGACACCAUGAUCUCCGCUUUCAGGAAGUUUGCCACCAACAUGAACUGCCACGUCACCUUGGUGAUUCAUCCUCGUAAGGAGAAGGAUGGAGAUGAUCUGACCACAGCCUCUGUGUUUGGAACUGCCAAGGCCACACAAGAGGCAGACAAUGUUCUCAUACUUCAAGACAAAAGACUUACUUCCAUCAGGGGAAAGAAAUAUUUGCAGGUUACCAAGAAUCGCCAUGACGGAGAGCUUGGAAUCAUGCUUCUUAAGUUUGACAAAGAGACUCUGAGCUUCGCUAUGCGACCUGAUAAAGAGAAAAAGAAAAGUGAACAAGAUGGUGGAGCUGAGGUUGAAGAUGGCGGCGAGGAGAACAAAGAGGAAAAGAAACCAGAUGAGGAGGAGUUGUGAUAACAUAACAAGGACGUCAUUCCUCUCUGAUGGGUCAAGAAUAUUGUUGUGUGCCUUGCAUCUUAGUUUAGAAGACGUAAUCGUGGCAUUAUUGCAUCUUGUGUUCAAAUAGUUUCCAUUUGUUUCUGCCAGUAGUAUGACACAUUUCUAGAAUGGUUUUGGAUGAUAGUAUGACACUUGUCAUUAUGUUGUUGAUAAUAGUCUUGACAUGUUCAUGUCUGUAUGUUGAUGGAUAGUAUGACACAUGUCAGUAUGUUGAUGACAGUAUGAUAAUUGUCAGCAUGUGGAUGAUAAUAGUGUGACACAUGUCAGUAUGUUGAUGACUGUAUGACAAAUGUCAGUAUGUUGAUGAUGAUAGUAUGAUCAGUAUGUUGAUGAUAAUAGGACGGCAUGUCAGUAUGUUGAUAAUAGUUGGACACAUGAGGAUAAUAGGCAGGACACAUUGUUUAUACUUUUGUCAAAAGAAGGACACAUGGUGUCCCUAUGUUACUGUAAAUAAUAUGUACAGAUCAGAUUUGUUAUACAAUGUUUUUGAUGAAUACCAAAGCUUGGUGUAUCUUGCCUGUGUGUGUAAACUUUUUUUCCUAUCUCACAUUACCUCCCCUUAGUCUGACUCUGGAAAUUGUGUUAGUAUUGGAAAGUAGAUAGUCAUCUUGUAAUACGUAGUUAGGAUGUGAUCCCAAGCCCCCUCUCACCGAGUUGUGUAUGUUACUUGAUGGACGCUUGUUAUUUUUUGAUGUGCAUUUAUUUUGUUUCGUUGAUUACAUGAUAUUCAUUUUUAGAAACUCCUGCCAGUGUGCCAUGCUAUGAACACUUUCAUUAGAGAGCAUAAAUACAUAGAUACAGUCUGUUCUCAAGCCUGCUUUGAAUACAUAGGUCAGUGUAUCUCAUUGGCUUGACACUUCAGUGUCUCAACUUGUUUUGUGUCUAGAAAUUCUCUCUGGCCAGUGGCUUGAUAAUUUGCCAAUAAUCAAAUCCAUACGAUAGAGCUGAAUUAACUUACACUUUUCAUGCAAUAAUCCCUGACCUAAAUAGGAAUCUAGCACUGCACCUGGGCAGUUAUGCCAAGCUCUGACCUAAAUGGGUAUCUGGUACAGGGCAAUUAUACUUAGCCCUGUCCUCAAUGGGUAUCUUGUAAUAUUGGUAAAUAAUACCUAUCUCUUACCUGAAUAGGUAUCUAGCACUGAUAUGGGCAAUUAUACCUGCCCGACCUAAACGCUUUGACACUAGCACUUGUAGCUAUCCUUAUGGAUAGUGAUAACAUAUGUUCAACAUUUUGACAUAUUCAUUUUCUGCACUUAAGUGACAAGCCUUUGUUCACUAGGUAUAAUUAGAAUGGGCAUUAGAAGACUCUGACACACACAGACACUGAUAGGGAGACAGUUGUUGUUUGAUUUGUUUGAAAAAAACAAACUUGAUGUCACCAGUUGACUGUAAUGCUUGUUCAUAAAGUUGAAUGUAAAACCAUGGGACACUCUUGAGCUUAUGAACAGGUUACUCUAAAAUAAAGUACUAGUUGGGGAGUGCUAGGUUUUUUGGGUUUUAUUUACAGUGUAAAAUAUUGAGUUUUCAAAAAUCAUUUUUGAAAUAAUGUGUCAUGAAGGUAUUCAGUCACAUCACAGCAGACCCAAUGUUAAUAUGGGAAUAAUGUUCAGUAUUAUGUAUUGAGUUCAGCACCAUUUUUGAAACUAUUUGGCUACACACAAACAUUAGAUUUUUAAACUUCAGGGACAUGGCAUUAUAUGCAAAUUUUUUUAGUUUAUACAAUAAA